GUCAGUCGUUUUGAAUCGUUGCUAUAGAGUGGGUGUAUUGUAGAAAAUGUGAACGGGUUUGUGUUUUGCACACGUGUUGUCGUUAAGUAUAAACGAAACUUCUAUAAAAUUAACUCGGCUAUAAUAUAUACUGUUUGAAAUCGAUACAACUAAUCGUAUGAUUAGUCAGCAGUGAAAAGUUUAAAUUGUUGUUUUACAAUGAGUGAUGCCAAAAAACGCAAAAUGCUCGAAAUUGAAGAAAGUAGAGAGCAAAAGCAAAGUCGGUUUAUCGAAAUGUUCAUGGAGGAAGAAGAUUGGUCGGACGAAGAUUUAGUGGCAUUUAUAGUGGAUGAAUUUGACGGGAAUGUCGAGGAUAUCAACUGGAUUUUAAAAACAGCUUUAACAGAAGACGAACCCAGUUUAGCCUCUGGUCAGAUAGUCGAGGUACUCGUGGAAAACAAUAUCGAAUUGCAAGUGCUCAAUGACUUGGGUCAAACGGCAAUUCACAUUGCGGCAAACAAUGAAGAUUUAACGACGAUGGAAUUGUUAUUCAAAUGUGCCGGGAACGAAAAUCUUAGCGAUAAGGAAGGAUUCACGUAUUUACACGCGGCCUGUAUGUCUGGUUGCAGCGAGAUAGUGCAAAAAUUCAUUGAUCAUGGCGCGGAUGUCAAUCUUACGUUUGAAAAAAAUGGUCGUCUUGAAUCUCCUCUGGGGCUGUGCAUCAAAUACGGGUCGAAUAAAGUAUUGAAAUUAUUAUUGAACAACGGCGCUGAUCUUAAACUAUUACAUGACUGGAGCGAGGAUGCUUUAAAGGGUCUUAAAAGUAUUAGACCUUUACGCUAUUACUACGGUCGUUCAUGUCCGUGGACAAUUAUUGCCAAUCAUCAUUUAAAUGAACUGUUAAAGCAUAAAAAAAAUUCGGAAACAAUCGAAAAUCGCGGCGAUAGUGAAGGAUUUACAUAUCUUCACGGAGCUUGCAUGGCUGGCAACAUCGAGAUGGUACAGAAAUUCAUAGAUCAAAAAGUCGAUCUCGAUCUUAUUUGGCGAUUACCUAAUGGUAAAAACAAAUCCCCGUUGACUCUAGCUAUGGAGUUUAAUCAAAUGAAAAUAUUAGAAAUGCUGUUAAAGAAUGGCGCCAAUCCUCACAUGAAACUUAUGGGAAAAAAUCUUUUGCAUAUUUAUUUCAAUGAAUUUUACUAUGAUUUCGAACUUCUUGAACUUCUCAUUAGUUACAACUGCGAUUUGAAUGCAAAAGACGACGAUGGCCGUAGUCCUUUGUUUCUUUGCUACAAGAAUUGCAACGAAGAAUGCAUUAGUGAGAGACCUCAGAUGUGGGCAAACAAUAUAUUAAGCAAAUUAGGCGAAGAUCACAAACAUCUAGAAAUUCUGCUAAAAAAUAAGGCUGAUGUCAACGAAGUAUUCGAUAACGGCCAAUCGAUACUUCACCUGUUUAUUCGAUCGAACAUCUGUACAUCGACUACAAUAAAUGAAUUGUGGAAAACCCAUCCAAACGUAGUAGGUGUUGAACUAGUUAAAACACUUUUGCAAUAUGGGGCCGAUCCAAACGCCAAAGACGAUAACGGUGAUUCGCCGCUUCAAUUGGCUGUUUCAAGCAACAACUCUGACGUGGUUGAGGUACUUUUGGAGCAUGGGGCUGAUGUACAAAGUGUUGAUAUUUCGAAGCUUCAUUGGGACUUUCAUUGGUCCGUCGGAUGGUUGAACAGCCUAAUAAAAUUUUUCAUGAUCCUAAACUUUUUGAUUGAUAAGGGAUUUAAAUUGAAUGAAUCGAUUGGUUUGACUGUGUUGAAAUUGUUGGACAAUGCAGCUGGCUUUGGCAACAAGAUUUCUUUACACAACAAGUUAUACAACACAUUACUGUUUGGUUCUUUGACGCAGACUCGUUCAUUAUUGAAUGAUGUUAAAAGUGGAAGUGAUGAUCAAUUUGAGGACGAUGACAAGAAAACGUUAGCUAAACUACUCUAUGUACAGAUUAAAGCAGCUGAAAAAGGAAAUAUGUUCAUGACAGCGGAGAUGAAGGAUUAUGUGCAACAAUUUCAAAAUUUUUUCAUUACCUCACAGAUAUAUAUUGAUCUUGAUGACUCCAAGAUUCAGCUAGAAAUUGAGUAUUUAAAAAAACUGACGAUUAAAGACGGGGUUUCUCUUCUUGAUGUUUGCACAUAUAGCCCUGAAAAAGCAUAUAGCUUGAUAAAAGAAUUCAAUUUCCGGACAAUUAUUAAUUCAGAUGAUUUCGAUUAUAAGUGCAAAGAAUUAUCUGAUACCAUUAAGGGAUACAUCGUGAAAUGCUUCAUCAGCAAAAUUUUCGUGGAUAUUGGAUUGAAAUAUUAAUGUUACUGAUGAAUACAGAAUAAAAUUUAAUGAUAUGACAUUUAAUUGCAUUUUUGAAAAGCGCACGUGAUCAAUAACUCAGACUUAUGUUAAUUUCGAAGUUACACGUAAAUAAAUAUAUGCAAUCAAACAAAACAAUAUUUGAUAGUACUGCCCAACAUAAAUG